CAUGCAUCUCAUGCCACCCUUCAGCCUCAAUCCACGAUUAUUUAAAAGUUAAGUCUUAGCUGAAAGUUUAUCUCUUUUUGCCCUUCUCAACAUUUCUGAUCUUCAACAACCACAUCAAUGACGUAGUCCUCGUCGAGCAAUUAUUAAGCAUCUCAUAUAAAACUUCCCUCCAUAACCACAUCCUCACCACAUCCCCAAACCCCAUCCCGCUCUCUUUCCCCCAAAAAUGCUCGCCCUAACCUCAACAACCGGCAAACUUGGCCACGCAACCCUCUCCGCCCUCCUCACGCACUCCCUCCUCCCCCCCUCCCAACUAAUAAUCCUAACCUCCACGCCCCUCACCUCCCCAAAACUGACCCCCUACCGCGAUCUCGGCAUCCAAACCCGCCCCUUCAACUUCUCCUCUCCGUCCCCCUCCUCAUUCUCCGGAAUCACAAAACUCUUCCUAGUCUCCACCCCCGAAAUAUCCCUCGAUUUCUCCGACGCCGCGAAAGGCGGCCGCGAGAGCGUGCAUAUAGCCACCAUCCGCACCGCUAUCUCGGCUGGUGUGAAAGAAAUCGUGUACACCUCCCUCGCGUUCGGGGAUGAGAGCGAGGCAGGCGUAAUGAGGGCGCAUUUACGGACGGAGGAAUUUUUGAAAAGUCUGAAGGAGAAGGGAGAGGUGGAGUAUACGAUUAUCAGAGAAGGACUGUAUAACGAGUCCUGGCCGCUUUAUCUGGGUUAUUUCGACGUCGAAGGAAGGGAUGAGAGGAGCGAGAUUGUGGUUGCGGGAGAUGGGAAGGUGAGCUGGACGGGGAUUGCUGAUUUAGGGGUUGGGAACGCGGUUAUUUUGGCGGAUGGGAGGGGGAGAUGGAAGGGGAAGACGGUAGUUUUGUGUAGUGGGGAGAAGAGGAGUUUGAGGGAGAUUGCUGGGGUAGUGGGGAAGUGCAGGGGGAGAGAGGUAGAAGUGAAGGUUGUGGGGAGGGAGGAGUAUGUGGAGGAGUAUGUUGGGAGGGAGAGGGAGAGGGAUGCUGUUGAGUGGUGGAGUAGUACUUAUGGGGCAUUGGAGAAGGGAGAAUGCGAUAUUUCUGAUCCGACGCUAGAGGAGAUUUUGGCUGAGAAGGGGAUUGGGCCGAAGUCUGUUGAAGAGACGGUUAAGGAGAUGCUUUCUUGAAGAGGAUGGUCACAUGAUAUGCUUCUGUAAUCCUAAAUCGUUUCCGACAGUGGUCUCCAAGUUAUGUGAUGGGGUUCUUGUUACUUUGACUGAGCUCUGGAUGCAUUCUCGCGUGAAAUUAUUUGAGGACUAUAUAUUUCU